AUGUCCCCUCAAGAUACAUCAACGGCCCUCGUGGUCACAACGACUGUUCUCUCAACUGUUGCCUUUCUCGCCAUCGCCCGCGCACUUCUCUACCCUGUGCGCCCAAAAACCAUUCGCAAUCCGCUCAAGGCGGGCGUGUACGACAAGGCCAAUGCUCAUAAGUUGAAGAAUCUUGUUUAUCACCCUGAUCAGUUUCCUGGCGCUCGAGAUGUCGAAACCCCAUACGGAAGCAUUCGUGUUUACGAGUUUGGCCCUGAGGACGGUGAGAAGGUCUUGUUUGUGCACGGCAUCAGCACACCUUGCAUCACUCUUGGGCCUAUAGCUCUUGGACUCGCCAAACGCCGCUAUCGUGUGAUGCUCUUUGUAAGCUUCUUGCUAUCUGCCUACUCACGCUCUCCAGUUUGGCUAAUGUCUCUCAAGGAUCUCUUUGGGCGUGGUUUCUCCGAUGGCGUCGCUGAUAUUCCACACGAUGCCCGCCUCUACGUCUCCCAAAUGCUUCUCGUCUUGGCUUCUAGCCCUCUUGCAUGGACCGGUACAGACGCCUUCCGCCUUGUUGGCUAUUCUCUCGGCGGUGGCAUCGCAGUUCACUUCGCCAAUGCGUUUCCUAACCUCGUGCGCGACCUGGUGCUCCUCGCGCCUGCAGGUCUAAUCCGCGCCGCCUCAUUUGGCCGCGUCUCUCGAUUCCUCUUCGUCUCCGGCCUCGUCCCGGAGCGAAUUCUCGCCGUUGCUACACGCAGUCGUCUUCAAAAGCCUAUCGCCGCUUCAGCCAAGCCACCUCCCAAGACGCCCAUCGAAGCUGUCACUACGCCGCCACUCAAUGUUGCCGAGGCAGAAGUGGCUCCAGCGUCCGGUGAGGCCGUUACGCCGUUGGAGCAACGUGUCAUGGAGUAUGUGCGCUGGAUGGUCACUCAUCACAAUGGUUUCGUCCCCGCGUUCAUGUCAAGCAUUCGCUUUGCACCCCUAACCGAUCAGCAUGAAGCAUGGGCCAAGUUGUCCAAACGUGCUCCUGGUACUACAGCUAUUUUACUAGCUAGGUCUGACGAGAUCAUUGAUCCCGAUUCCUAUCGCCGGGAUGCACUGUCUCUCGUUGGCGGUGAGCACCAUGUCCGCUGGCGAAUUCUUCCAGGGAGCCAUGAUUUCGUUAUGACGCAUGCGGGAGACAUCCUUAGCGAGAUUGACGACAUGUUCAACACUAAUAAGGUAUGA